AUAAAGCAGGCCUGGCCUAGCUCGGGGCGGGCAGCGAGGAUGCGGCUGCUGCCGGCGGCGCUGGCCCUGCUCCUGCUCCUGAGCAGCUCGGUGCCGGGGGGUGGUCUGUCUCUGGAGAGCCUGCUGACCAACAUGAGGUGCAAGUGCAUCAAAUCCACCGCCCACGUCAUCAACCUGGGGCUGAUCCUCACCAUCGACGUUACCCCGCCGGGCAUUCACUGCCGGAGGAAGGAGGUCAUCCUCACCCUGAAGAAGAACAGGCGCGUGUGCGUGGCCCCCGAGGCGCCCUGGAUCCAGCUGCUCAUCCACAAGCUGAUGCAGAGGAACGGCACCAAAAAAGCGUUGCCUCGGCCGCGGCGGGACGCACCGUGCUGCCGGACCCCUUGGAGCCCCCCCGGCUUCCCACUGUCCCGAUCCACGGAAUCCAGGGUCACCAAUUCCUCGUGGGACAGCAGUGACACAGCCCCCUUGCCCUGAGACACGCUGGGUUUAGUGGCACAACGCUGGCACUUCCUCUGCCCCCUGGGUUUUGGCAGGGCCAGGAGCCUUUCCCUGCUUUCCUGCUGUUUCCCUCCCUUUCGGGUGCCUGCGCUGUUCCCAGGCGCCACCAAUAAAAGGAUGACUGUGCUUCCCCCCCA